ACUGCAAAUCUGUAGUCUAAUUUAAGAAUGUUUAUUGAUAACUAGUCCCAGGGAGCAUUACAGACAGAGAAUUAAUAGAUAACAUAGAUUUUUUUUAUUCCCUUUGACAUUUUUUUAAUGUUUACAUUUUCUUCUUCCCUCCUUUUUGUGAAUGAGAUUCAGUGUUGAAGCAGUCAGCUAAAACGAUGAUUGAAAAAAAAGCAUGACUUUUUUCAGAUGUACCACCAUUGUCGUAGACAUAGUCUCUCUAGUGCUAUCAGCAUUCCUUAAGGCUAUUGCUUCUAAAAUACUGCCUCAGCACUUACCUUGAAAAUGACUAAGUUUGCAAUAUUAUUUUUGACAGCAAAGCAGGGCAAGGAGUAAGGACUUGCACUGCCCCUGUUUACCACGCUGAAAGUGCAUUAACAACUGGAUGCUGUUUUUCUUCUAGACUUGUGGAGAAACCUACUGCUUUGCUGCCUCAGAUACCUGAUUUUGGCAUUUCUCACAACAUAAGAAGGUGAUGGAAGAGAAGAUUUGGAAGAACUUGGCUUUUAGAAAUGUAAAGGACAGCUUACCUUACAAAACACCUACAUGACAGGUACAUCUUAUGUGAAACAGUUUGAGAGAUAAUUGAAGAGCUGUGUAGAAUGUAGCUCUUAAAGCACAGGUGUGACUCUUUCUCAUCUGUAACCCCACAUAAUCAUUUGUCAGCCUUCUCCAUGUGCUCUGACAAAGUCCAUUAACCUGUAUAUAAAACUGAUGUUUAAAACACUAACAGUGUGGGGUAACUUACAGAUGUGGAGCAUCUUUUCUUUGUUUUCUUAGUCUUGAAGACAUCCUUCAAAUGAACACUUGAAAACAUCCUGGAGCUAAAAGCAAGAUAAAGCUGUAAUCAAAAAAAAGUGUCAUUGAACAUCUUUCUAAUUUACAACCUGAUCAUCCUCACUGUCUCUGCAUUCUUUCCACGUUAUGAUCAGAAUACUGAAAGCGUUCAACCUUUUCUAUGGCAGAUAAUGAGAAGCCCAUUUUAGUUGUUAUUACAGCUCUAUUACAUCUGGUCAGAGCACUUCAAAGCUUACAUUUGACAGAGCAGCAUGCGGUCCUGUUUGUUUAAAGUAUCUGAAAGAGCUAUUUCAAGCAUCGUUCUCGUAGAUUGAUACUGGAUAAUAGAAUGGAACUACCUCUCUGGGGAUGCCUCCAAAUGGUUCAAAGUUAAAAUGUACGCCUGAGUGUACUUUUGCGCAGGAAACUACAACAAGGUCAGGCAUUACAAUGCAUGCCUUGAGAUCUGGUAUAUUCCUGAAAUGAAGAGGUUAAGAUAAGUAUAACAUAAGAAUUUGACCGAUAAUUGGAACAACCUGUUCAUCAUCAUGAGCAUAAUUACCAUGGAGGCACCCAACAGAGCAUUUAGCCCCCCAGUUGCUGGAAGCUUAACUGCUAGCAAUUAAGAAGCAAACUGUAUUGCAGACAGACAGCAGUGAAAAGAAGAUAAAAGUCCAGGACAUGCAGAUGAGAACUAUGUGAAAUACAGCUUGCCUCUACGUCAUUGCACACAGUUCUCCACACAAAGACAAAGCAGUGCUGCACGUGGUGGAGUUUCCUCCAGGAUGUUUAUUUGGACUAGUGGUCGGACAUUUACACAAAACAAGCAGCAUGAAAAGAGAACUAUUUAUCAGAAAAUACGGGACUGUGACUUUCUAGAAAAAAGAAAAACAGUUACUGCUCUAAAGGCUGGUGAAGACAGAGCAAUGCUUCUAGGCCUGGGAAUGAUGAUGUGUUCUAUCAUGAUGUACUUUAUUCUAGGCAUCACUAUGCUUCGAUCAUACAUGGACAGUGUGUGGACAGCAGAGUCACAGUGCACUUUUCUUAAUGCAACCAUCACAGUUGUAAAUCGAUCCCUCAGCUGUGGGCCAGACUGCUGGCAGGUCUCUCAUUAUCCAUGUCUUCAGGUGUUCGUAAAUCUGACAUCUUCAGGUCAGAAAUUCCUUUUGUAUCACACCGAGGAAACAGUAAAAGACAACAGUGAGUGUUCCUAUGUACCAAAAUGCCAAAAGAGCUACAAUGAAUCCUUAUCAUUUGUGGAAACCAUAAGGGAAAAUUUCAGACGAUAUCAACCUUUUCCUUGUUACUAUGACCCAGAAGGAAUAGAAAAAAAUGUCAUCUUGACUAGACUGUAUGCUUCAAAUGUCUUGUUCCAUGCAAUUUUCUGGCCAUCCUGUGUGCUGUUUGGUGGAAUCCUUAUCGUUGCCAUGGUGAAGCUCAAUCAGUACCUCUCUUUGCUCUGUGAACAAAUGCAAAAGAUAAGCAGAUAAAAACUGUUAGCAUAUUCUCCUUCUCGAAAGGAGAGAUGAACUGUUAUCCAUUCUUCACCAAAGAACCUUAAGUUUAUUAUGAUGCAGGUGUGUUUCUAAGUUUCUUAAAAUACUUAAUAGAAAAAAGCAAUAAUGUAAAAGAUGCUUUAUGUGUAAAUCUGUGUUACAUCCUUAUGCAAAAACGUAGUUUAUUAUUUCUAAACAAUAACACUGUGUCUUAGUUUGAAAUUAAGUAUAACUUUCUUCAGCCUUAACAAGGUUAAGUUUUACAAGUUGAUGGCAGUCCAUAGUACUUAAUGCCACAUCCUAAAGUUAUUUACUGAAUGGAAUAAGAAGGCAUUACUGGAUGCAGAUAAUAACAAUUUAACAAUUAAGUUUGGUGUCAGUUAUAGUCCAAAUGUAACACCUAUGAAUGUGUAUUCCUGCAGAAAAUAAUAUGAAUAUUCAGACAAAGCUAUUUAGAAGUAAAGGUCUAAAAUUCCAAAUGUCUUAAAAAUACAAGUGGGAUUUUUCCUGCAGCAGUACAUGCCCAUGUCUGUAAGAAAAAAUAUUUAUACAAGUGAGAGUACAGUUGUAACCAAAGUAUGCACCUGCAAACUGCUGGAGAGGCUGACUGUCUGCAACAAACUAAGAUGUCUACAAACAUCUAUCAGGCUUUAAAGAUUGUUUGUCUGGUGCUGAACAUUAGUAAAUAGAGAAGCAACAGUCAGCAGAUACCUGAGCUCCUAGAAAUAUAUACAAGCUAAGAGAAGACCACAGAUAUAGACUAAUUCCAGUACAAAAUCAGAUUCUUUCUCACAUAUAUCCUACAAAAUUAAAAUUAUUUUAUUUUCCUAAGUGUAGUUUAGAGAUAUGUGUGUGUGUGUGUGUGUGUGUGUGUGUGUGUGUGUGUGUGUGUGUGUGUGUGUGUGUGUGUGUGUGUGUGUUUGCAAUCACACAUAUAUACUCUUAAAGGGGAGACACAAGCUUGAACCUAUACCUAUAAAUGUACGUUCAGAAUAAAGAAGGACAAAGUGAAAAAGAAAUGAAAAUGAGAAAGAAAUAAAGAGAGAGAGGAAAUGAGAGAUUAAAAAGGAGAGAGUGAGAGAGAACUCAGAAAUAUCAUAAACACAGCAGUAGCCCGUCAUUAUACAAAGAAGGUUUAGAUUAGUAAACAUUUAAUAUAUCACAAAAAGACUGAAAGAUGAAAGCAAUUUAUGCUUCUAUGUCAGCAGUGAAUGUCUUCCCCUACUUUUAGUCUUUAAAAAUCAGAUGUUUUGAGUUAUAUUACAAAAUCAUAUCCUUCCCAAUCUCUGUUAUGUUCUAGUAAUUUUUAUGCAUGAGGUAACAUUCACUCAUAUACUAUGUAUAUAUCUAAGUUACUCAGUUAAACAAACAAUAUCCAAAUUAAAAUGUUGCUUAAAAAAGAGCCAGAGGCAAAGAAACACAUUAUAUCAAUUUGGGGACCAGCAUAACCCCCCAAUAAGUCUGUAAGCCCCUCCAGUAAUACCAGCUCUGAGGCUUUCCAUCUCAAGUGAAGAGGGAAAACUUCUUUGAGAGUUUCCUGCUGGCUGUUUUCUUUUACCCAUAACCACUUUUUUGUUUGUUUUAACCAAGUACUACAUAUCUUAGAACCAUGCUUUCUGCAGUGUUUUAUUUGUCAGAAGUACUAUGCUUUACAGCUAUCCAUCAAAUAUGAAGAAGGUUUGCAUAAUAGUGUUGAGCAAAUGGAGGAGGAAAAUAUGCCUCAAAAUAUAGGGCACUAUUAAUUGGUAUACAACUGUUUCAGUAGGUUCCCAGUUGUUAAUCAGAGGAUGAACUGCUGUGUGAUGUCCCACUUUGAAAAUGAUGUUCUAUGUUACUGUAGCAAAGUUUUCUAAGACAUUGCUUCUUUGUAUAGCAAUAGGAUAUGGUACAUAUGGAUAUGCUUAAACAUGCAUAUAUAGAGAGAAACAGCUACAGAUAUAGUUGAUGAUAAAAAGAAGCAGAGAGCUUACUUUCAGUGAUAGGCUUUAUGUUUCUGCAUUUUAAGUGCCCCGCGGUCUCUAUCUUGCUCUGUAAUUCUAUAGUUCUGUCUUCAUCUUGUUAUUCAUUCUGCUCUGAUCCAUGUUUUCUAUUUCUGUUCUGUCAUUUGUCUCUUUUUCUCCAUCUUAUUCUCUCUGCAUUCUAUCUCUCUCUCUUACUUUAUCAGUUCAAAAUUUCUCUCAACUGCUUAUCUCCCCCUUCUGUUGCGUUCAUAGAUAGAUAGAUAUAUAGAUAGAUAGAUAGACAGAUAGAUAGAUAGAUGGCAGCAGAAGUGUGGGGAACAUAGACCCUUACUGGAGAGUUGUGGGGGGGGGGCUUAAACACAAUUAAUUCUUUACAUUUUUUUAAGAAAAGGCACUGAUUUUUCUGAAAGUAGUUAUUUUAAAUCGGGUGAAUCCUCAGUUGGUUUGACACUAACAUUUGACACUCUAUCAGUGUUUACUCUAACCAAAUGCCAUACACUUAAAGUGCAACAGUAGAAACUCAAGGCUCCAAAAGCCAUGCCUUAGGGCAUUUCAGUCUUUGACAUUUGUAGAAUAUACAAGGCUGCAUAUACAAAUCAAAUCAUGCAUUUACUGAAGUUAACUUGUUAAUUUAAUGUACAAGUUUAAUAACUGUUGGAAAUGCUUUUAGACUUAUUGAUAAUUCCCAGACUUAAACACCAUAGAUUAAAUAACUCACUGAAGUUCAUUAAGUUACAUC